GUCUUCCGAUACCAAGUAAGUAUCGAAACAAGAGUAUCGAUACCAAAUGUACUUAGCAUAAAAAGAAAAGUAUCGAUUCUUGUAUUUAUUUACUUGUAUCGGAACAACCCUAAUCCAACCUGAAACCCAAGUUAACCUCUCACUUCUCAUUUGACAUGUCAGGUUCUAAUAGAUAUUCAUCUCUAGCGCCCUUUGAUCUUCAUAAAUUGUUAAUAAAUCACUACGUUUUAACCAGAAGAGGAACAACAAAGUUACUUCAAAGAGACAAAUCAAAAGACAAAAGAGAUAUCGAUGUCAUUCGUGAAAAUCAUAAAUUCUUGUGGGAUGAACUUGAUGAACCAGACACAUGGGAAAAACGACUUGCCAAGAAGUAUUAUGAUAAGCUCUUUAAAGAAUACUGCAUUUGUGAUCUUAGCAGAUAUAAAGAAAACAAGAUGCUAUGUAUAGAUGGCAUUGUGUGCAAGGUGGCUAUGAGAUGGCAGACCGAGACAGAGAUGGUGACGGGUAAAGGCCAGUUCGUCUGUGGGGAGAAAAGUUGUAAGGAUAGUGAAGGUCUGCGCAGUUGGGAGGUCAAUUUCGGCUACAUCGAGGAUGGAACUAAGAAAAAUGCUCUUGUCAAGCUGCGACUCUGUCCAGAGUGUUCAUAUAAGCUGAACUAUAAACACAAGAGGAAAGAAAUUAAUCGCAAAUCAAGAAAAAGGUCAAGUUCAAUAUCAGAGGAUGGUGCAAGUAGCAGAAAGUUAUUAAAGACCGUAGAAUCAACCAGUGGAGAAACAGAAAAAUCCAGUGUAAAUAAAAAUGAAGGAGAAGAUAAUAUAUCAGAAGAAGAACAUAACAUUUGGAAAGAAAGUAAUGUGGCUUCUGAGGAGCGCACAAGAGAUGAAGAUUUUGAAGAUUAUUUAGAAAUGUUGCUGUUGUGAAAUAAUUUUUAAAACAAAUAGACCAUUAAUGAGAUAAUUGAUUUUAGAAAUAGGUUAUGAAAUUUUAAUUUAAAACUUCCUGUCUUUAAUUUUGUUUAAAGAGAUCAUGAAUUUCAUCAAACUAGUAACAUAAUAAUAAAGCUACAAUUUAUUCAUACAAUUAACAUUAAUUCUGUAAUACAUACAUGGAAAUGAAGUUAUUUUAUAUAAAUUGUUCAAUAGAAAAAUAAAAUUAUUACCAUGCACAACGAAUAUUGUACAAUUCACUGAGUGCGAUGCCAAUGAAGUAUGAAAGAUUUAAGUUAGAAAAUACAGUUUUUAAACAAUUAA